AUGGCAAUUGCAACCAUGACUACUCUUCCAAUUUCCUUAUUCCCUUUUCUUCUUCUCAUUCCCGCUUUCUAUUUUAGCAUUUGUGAUGCCAAUUCCAACAUACUUUGCAUCCAAAGUGAGAGAGAAGCUCUUUUGAAAUUCAAGAAUGAUCUCACUGAUCCUUCAAACAGGUUAUCUUCUUGGGUUGAAGGAGGGGAUUGCUGUAAAUGGAUUGGUGUCGUCUGCCAUAACUCAACAGGCCACGUCAACCAACUGCACUUGGCUGCUCCGCCUCUUUCACCUUCAGCCCUAGGAGGCAAAAUAAAUCCUUCACUGCUGGAGUUGAAGCAUCUCAAUUCCCUGGACUUGAGCUAUAACAGUUUUAGCAGCAUACAUAUCCCGAAAUUUUUCGGUUUGCUGGAGAGUUUAACAUAUCUUAACCUCUCUUGUGCACAGUUUCAGGGAGCAAUUCCUCAUAACCUUGGGAAUCUCUCAAAGUUGCAGUAUCUUGAUCUUGGAGGUAAUGACCACGAACAAAAAAGUCUUCAAUGGGUUUCUGGACUUUAUUCCUUGCAGCACCUUGAUUUGAGUGGUGCGGAUCUUUCUAAAGCAACUGAUUGGGUACAGGUAACAUUCAAACUUCCUUCUUUGUUAGAGUUGCACUUGCCAGUACCUAAGUCGAUAUUUAGUCUUCAUGGUCUUGUGUCCAUUGAUCUUAGAUUCAAUUAUUUGGAUGGCCCAAUUCCAGAUUACUUUGGCAACAUCUCGUUUCUUGAAGUUCUUGAUCUUACUUCGAGUAAUCUCAAUUCAUCCAUACCCAACUCCUUGUACGGUUUAAACCGUCUUCAGUUCCUUAGUCUUAGUAAUAACGAGUUACAAGGAACAAUCUCGAGUGCCAUUGGAAACUUGAGCUCUGUUACUCACCUUGAUCUUUCUUCAAAUUAUAUGUUGGAAGGAAGGUUACCAACCUCACUGGAAUAUCUGUGCAAAUUGAAGGAGAUGGAUUUGUCAUAUAAUAAAAUUGAAGGUGGAAUAUCAGAAAUCCUACAGAGUUUGUCUAGAUGUUGUUUGGAUUCCUUAGAGUCAUUGAGUAUGACCAAUAAUCAACUUUCUGGCCAUUUAACUGAUCAACUUGGACAAUUUAAAAAUCUAUCUUACUUGUCCCUUGCUCAAAACAAAAUUUCUGGUCCCAUUCCAUCAUCGAUAGGGGACUUAUCAUCUUUGAAAUUCUUUGAUAUUUCAGAAAAUCAAUUAAAUGGUCAAAUUCCAUGGUCUCUAGGGGAGCUGUCAUCUUUGAAGUUAUUUGAUGUUUCAGAAAAUCAAUUAAAUGGUACUUUUCCUCUAUGUUUUGGACAAUUGGAAAGUUUGGAAACUCUGGCUUUUGGGUAUAAUCUAUUUGAAGGAGUUGUAUUAGAAACCUAUUUUUCUAAUCUCACGAGAUUGACAACUCUAGCAGCGUCACACAAUAGGCUUAGAUUUGAACCAAACUCAAGUUGGAUUCCCCCAUUUCAAUGUGAACGUAUUGAAUUGGGUGACUGGCAUCUUGGCCCAAAGUUUCCUCGGUGGUUAAAAUUUCAAAAGAAAUUGUCUUCUUUGGAUAUCUCCUGUGCAGGAAUUUCAGAUGUCAUGCCCACUUGGUUUUUAAACCUUCCCACUCAAUUUGAAUAUUUAAAUCUUUCCUUUAAUCAACUUACUGGAGAGUUUUCAUAUUUGAAUGUAACAAACUCUAUUGACUUGAGUUCAAACCGCUUUACAGGUCCAUUACCAAGAGUACUGUCAAGUUUAAGAUUUUUAUUUUUGUCAAAUAAUUCAAUUUCAGGAUCCCUUUCUGAAUUAGUUUGCAAUCCAUCAUUAAGAGGGAUGGUAACUCUUUACAUUGAUACAAAUCUACUCAUUGGAGAAAUUCCAGAUUGUUGGAAUCAUUGGGAAAUUUUAGCUUAUUUGAAUUUAGAAAACAACCAUUUGACAGGGAAAAUCCCACCUACUUUGGGAUAUACAGAUCCUUUUAUGUUAAACCUUCGAAACAAUAGCAUGUUUGGAGAAUUGCCAUCCACAUUGCAAAACUCUAGAGAUUUGAUUAUGAUUGAUCUCAGUGAAAAUCAUUUCAGUGGAAGUGUACCAGCAUGGAUUGGUGAUAAGCUCUCGAGCCUUGUGAUUCUGAGCCUUCGAUCAAAUAACUUUGAUGGUCAUAUCCCUCAUAAAAUUUGUGAUCUUCAAUUUCUUCAGAACUUGGACCUUUCCCAAAACAACAUUUCAGGAGUUAUUCCAAAAUGUUUCAAUAAUUUUAGUGCAAUGGCCACAAAAAACAAAACCAAUAAUGAAGUUUCUGCGCCGUUAGUCAUUGAUUUCCCAUUUUAUUUUAAAGCAUUAUUGGUGUUGAAAGGACGAGAGGAUGAAUAUGGUAGCACGCUAGGACUUGUUACCAAUAUAGACCUUUCAGCUAAUAAUCUCACUGGAGAGAUCCCCAAAGAAAUUGGUAGUCUCGUUGGACUAUUGUCUUUAAAUUUUUCAGGGAAUCUCCUAACAGGAAAUAUACCAGACACCAUUGGCAACAUGGAGUGGAUGGAAUCUCUUGAUUUGUCGAUGAAUCGAUUGAAUGGUGAAAUCCCUCCAAGUUUCUCCAAAUUGAAUUUCUUGAACCACUUCAAUGUGUCCUACAACAACUUGACAGGACAAAUCCCAACAAGCACUCAGCUUCAAAGCUUUGAAAACUUGUCUUACGUGGGAAAUCAUCUUUGUGGACCUCCUCUCACUAAAAACUGCAGUACAAAAGGUUUUUCAACUGGUGUUGUGAAUAAUGGAAGUAGCAGUGAAGGAAGUAAAGUGAAUUGGCUUUAUGUCAGCAUUGUUAUUGGCUUUGUAAUGGGAUUUUGGGGUAUAGUGGCUCCCUUGUUUUUCAUUAGGUCUUGGAGGAUUGCGUACUAUCGAAAGCUAGACCAUAUUUGUGGUAAACUAUAUGUGUUUUGGGCUACUAUUGCCAUUGAUAACUUCAUGUAUACAGUUGGCGUUAAACCACUUUCCAUUUCAACAUAUUCCCUCCUUUGUGCAAGCCAAUUGGUAUUCGACGCCAUCUUUUCAGUGGUUAUCAACUCCGAAAAGCUCGGUACCCGAACGCUUAAGUCGAUCAUCUUCAUUACCAUAUCAACUUCGAUGGUUGCAAUUCAUCCCGAUUGUUCAGAGACCACAAGAGAUGAGAAAAAUUCAGUAGGAAAGAAUGAACACACCAUUGGGUUUAUAUCAACAGUUGGUGCUUCAGCAGGCUAUGCUUUAUUGCAGUCUCUAACACAAUUCUCAUUUGACAAAAUACUCAAAAAGGAGACAUUUAGUGUUGUGUUUGAAAUGCAGAUUUACACUUAA